UAAUUUUCGUUCUCUUUCUAAACCACCGAACCGUUAACCUUCCGGAAUCUUCUACAAGCACUGCCAUGGCUUCUUCUGUCUAUUCCAUGAAGAACCAACUCACGAUUCUCCUCAAGACAGCCAAAACAAGAUCGCAAAUUCGAAAAAUACACGCCCAGCUAAUCACAACGAACCUUAUUGGUGACCCCUUCAUCGCAGGUCGCUUACUCUUUUUGCUUGCUUCCAACAUAACCACAAUGACAUGUGCAGAACUUGUAUUUUCUCAAAUUCAUGAACCCAAUACUUUUUCUUGGAACACAAUUAUGAACGGCCAUAUUUCAACCUCAAACCCAAGAAAGGCUUUAGAUUUCUUCACCCAAAUGCGAAAUAAUGGGAUCACGACAGAUGCGUAUACUUAUUCAUUUGUGCUCAAGGCUUGUGGGAUUAUUGGUGGGUUAUUGGAAGGAAUGGUUAUUCAUGGAGAAGUUGCAAAGACAGGGUUUUGCAGCAAUGUGUUUGUGAGGAAUGGUUUGAUUGGGAUGUACUGGAAAUGUAAAGAAAAGGGUUCUGCUGAGUUGCUGUUUGGUGGAUUCUUAGGUAGAGACUCUGCUUCUUGGAACUUGAUGCUAAAUGGGUACGUGGGUUGUGGAGACAUGAAUGAUGCACAGAAGCUGUUCGAUGAAAUGCCCAAGAGAGAUGUGUUUUCUUGGUCCAUUAUGAUUGAUGGGUAUGGUAAGAAAUUAGGCGAUGUGGCUCGUGCGCGUUUACUAUUUGACUGCAUGCCCGAGAGAGAUCAAGUAGCUUGGAACUCAAUGAUUGCAUCAUAUUCAAAAAUUGGAGAUAUAUCCUCAGCUAGACAAUCAUUUGACAAAAUGGAGGAGAAAAAUGUGAUCUCUUGGAGCAUCAUGAUUGAUGGCUAUGCUCAACAUGGUUGUCCUAAAGAAUCUCUGGUCCUCUUUAGGGAUAUGCUUAGGCAGGGGAUCAAACCAGACAGUAUGUCAGUAAUGGGUGUUUUAUCCUCUAGUGCACAAUUAGGCGCACUUGAUAAUGGCAGAUGGAUACACAAGUAUAUCGAUAGCAAGUCAAUUUCAGACAUGGUUGUUCAAACCGCAUUGAUUGAUAUGUACAUGAAGUGUGGAAGCAUCUAUGAGGCUUGUCUAGUCUUCAAAGCCAUGUCCAGAAGAAGCGUUCUUACAUGGAAUGUGAUGAUUACUGGUCUUGGCAUGAAUGGUUUUGGGAAAUCUACCCUUGAGUGUCUCGCUAGAAUCCUUCGAGAAGGGACUUCAAUGGAUGAUCUGAUUUUCCUCAGUAUACUUAACGCCUGUGGCCUUGCAGGUUUUGUUAAGGAAGGUCUUGCUGUUUUUGAUCUGAUGAGAAUUCAAAAGGUGGAACCAAAGCUUGAACAUUAUGGUUGUUUGAUUGAUUUAUUAGUUAGAGCUGGACAACUGAGUGAAGCUGAAGCUGUUAUAGAGUCCAUGCCCAAGAACAUGAAACCGAAUGCAGCUAUUUGGGGAUCUUUUUUACUGGCAUGUAGAGUUCAUAAAAAUGUGGCAAUGGCGGAACGUGUAAUUAAGAUGCUUGUUGAGAUGGGAGCUGAUGAUUGUGGAGCUUACAUUCUUAUGUCGAAUAUCUACGCAGAGGCUGGAAACUGGGAAUGUGGGAUGAAGAUGCGGAGAAUUAUGGGAGAAAGGAACGGUAAUAAGAAGAAAGAAGCAGGAAGGAGUGUAAUUGAGAUAGAUGGGGAUGUGGCGGAGUUUGUUAGUGGGAAAAUGGUUGGUACUCGAAAUCAUCAACGGUUAGAAGAAAUGCUAGUAUCCUUUUCGAGUUUACCAAUAGACGAACAUGUUCAAUUAAUGAAUGUCUGAGUAGAGAAGAUAUGGAUACGCUAAUGAAGAUUGAAAUCCUAUUAGCAAUGGCGCUGCUACUGCUGCUGAGAGGGAGUCGAAAGGGGUUUAGAGCGGUUGAGAGGAGGGUUCGAGUUUCUGCUCUCACCCAAAGUCGAAAGUAUUUAUCAAGAAACAACAUAAUCCAGCAGAUAGGAGAACAAUCAAUUUUGUUGGUAACAUUCAUUAGUAGAUAACAUUUUCAGCUUGUUGAUUUAUAUGCUUUGAAUUGAUUAAUUCUUAUCAAUGUAAGGUAUAUAUAUCAAGAUUAAUAAUAA